ACACCCCGCCAGCUAAUGGACUGCUUUGCCCCUCCCCUGACAUCCCUCUCUCCAUCUCUGACUCUGAAGCAGUGAGGAGAGAAGAGGAGAGGCGAGGAAAAGGAGAGGAAGCAGCAGCACUGUUCCCACUCUUCCCACAGGCCCUUGCCUCACUGCUGCUCCAGUGGCUCAAUAACUACCUUACAAGCCAAGAGAUCCCGUCGUGCAGCUCGCUGGUGAAGAGAACCGAGGGCAGGUCACACUCACCAUGGCUGGCAGGGCCGUGCGCCAGGUGGCCUUGGCUCUGUCCCUGAUGCUCAGCCUGGCAGCAGGAGCUUGGGUCGGCUGCCCCGGGGCCUGCCGCUGUUCCUUCGCCAUGCUCCAGUGCUUGGAAGAGGACGGCAUCAACAACAUCCCGGUGCUGGCACAGCAGGACAGUGAGAACGUCACAGAAAUCUACAUCGAGAACCAGCCGAACCUGGAGAAGAUCACAGACGUGGACUUCGUUAACUAUCGAGAGCUGAAGAACCUCACAGUUACAGACUGCGGCUUGUUCCUCAUCUCCAAUAAAGCCUUCCAAUACAACUUAAAGCUGCAAUAUGUGAACCUGGCCACAAACUCGCUCAUGCACAUCGGCUGGAAGGUCUUCCACUCGCUUCCUCUGCAGAACCUGGUUCUGAGGCAUAACCCUCUUACUUGCUCGUGUGGCCUGUACUGGCUUCAGCAGUGGCAGAAGAUGAAGCGGGUCGACAUCGACAGCCAACAGAGCUGCUGGUACAACGGCAGCAGCGUUCGGCUCAACAGAUUCGUGAUGGAGAACUGCAGUGUUCCUGAGGUGUCCAUCAAUGCUCCAGUACUCACCAUUAAGGAGGGUGGAAAUCUGACGUUCGAGUGCCAGGUCAGCGGCGUUCCAGUGCCGAGUAUUAGAUGGAGGACGGAGCACCUUAAUUCCAGUUUUAUUCUGCAGCGUGGGAUCUGGGGCUCCACUUUGGAGCUGGUGCUUCACCUGUUAAAUGUGUCGAAUGUGGACAACCUGCACAAUCUCACCUGUGAGGCGGAGAACGAAGCGGGCCCAGGAGAGGCGAUGGUACAGCUCAACAUCGAGUUCCCGGUGAGGAUCCUGUUCUUGAAGCCGCCGGAGCCGCAGCAUCACUGGUGCAUCCCCUUCGCCGUGGACGGCAAUCCAGCACCGAGCAUCAGGUGGCUGUACAACAACAUGCCACUGAUGGAGACCAUGUACACCUACACGCAGCUCAUCCCGGACUCGGACGACGGUUCCGUCCAACAUGGCUGCCUCUUCCUCAACAAGCCCACUCACCUCAACAACGGCUACUACACACUCAUCGUGGAGAACACGCUGGGCCAAGCCCAGGCCACGGCCAGCGGCAAGUUCAUGGAAAACCCGUUCGACCCCUUCGACCCUGAAGGCAUAAUCCCUGUGCUAACCAGUGACCCAACAGCGCCUGCUAACCAGUCGACCGAUGGCGUGACGGAGAACCUGGAAAACCGGCUGUUCGGGGUGUCUGUCGCUGUGGGUCUCGCUGUAUUCGCUUGCAAGUUCCUGAUCAUCAUGGUGUUGGUGAUCAAUAAGUGCGGGCAACACUCCAAGUUCGGCAUCCAUCGCUCGUCUGUUCUAGGGAAGGAAGACGACUUGGCCGUCUCGCUUCGCUUUAUGAACUUCGGAGCGAGUCCUCCUUCCUCGGACGAAGGCAUGCUGGACCCCGGGCUCUCCAGCUUUGUGGAGAACCCGCAGUACUUCUGCGGCAUCAUCAAAGACAAGGACAUGUGUGUGCAGCACAUUAAGAGGCAGGACAUCAUGCUGAAGUGGGAGCUGGGCGAAGGAGCUUUCGGGAAGGUUUAUUUAGCCGAGUGCGCUAACCUCUGUCCCGACACUGACAAGAUGCUGGUGGCCAUAAAGACGCUGAAGGACGCUAACGAGUCGACUCGGCAGGACUUCCAGCGCGAGGCCGAGCUCCUGACCGUGCUCCAGCACGAGCACAUCGUCCGCUUCUACGGAGUGUGCACUGACGGAGAACCUCUCGCCAUGGUGUUCGAGUACAUGCGGCACGGCGACCUAAACCGCUUCCUCAGGGCUCAUGGUCCAGAUGCUCGGAUCCUGGACGAGGUAAAGAUGCCACCGAUGGGUCAGCUGACCCUGCUGCAGAUGCUCCAGAUAGCAGCCCAGAUCGCCUCUGGUAUGGUAUACUUGGCCUCACUCCACUUCGUGCACAGAGACCUGGCCACCAGAAACUGCCUGGUCGGUGAAGGUCUCGUGGUGAAGAUCGGCGACUUCGGCAUGUCCAGAGACAUCUACAGCACUGAUUACUACAGGGUUGGUGGAAGAACCAUGCUACCUAUUCGUUGGAUGCCUCCUGAGAGUAUCAUGUACAGAAAGUUCACCACAGAGAGUGACAUCUGGAGUUUUGGGGUGGUUCUGUGGGAGAUCUUCACCUACGGAAAACAGCCGUGGUAUCAGCUGUCCAACAGCGAGGCGAUCGAGUGCAUCACGCAGGGCCGGGAGUUGGAGCGGCCGCGGACGUGUCCGAAAGAGGUCCACCAGCUCAUGCAGGGGUGCUGGCAGAGAGAACCGCAACAACGUCUCGUCAUCAAGGAAGUCUACAACCGCCUCGUAGCCCUGGUCAAGAACCCUCCGGUCUACCUGGACAUCCUGGAGUGAAACGGAUCUGCGAAGGGACGGCUGGAGGUUCGGGUCAAAGGGACAAAUUUGCGCUGAGAAAAAGAGACAAGGGGACCGAAGAAGAUCCAGGAGUCCCUCGUUCCCUGUUCGGUCCAACUGAGCGUCCAUCAGGACUUCUGGGAAGGACAACGUUGGCGAGAACAUUUCAUAUCAUAUUUCAUAUUUCAUAUCUCCUCCAAGUUUGAAGAAAUCAGGAAAUUGAAUCGAGUCAAACCGACCCUGUCGUUCACGCUAGCGGGAGAACGUUGGGAUUUUAUUUUAACGCCAACGACAGGAACAUAAUCGCCCCUGUAUGUCAUCUCUGACUUUUUGUUGUUGUUGUUGUGUGUUUUAUAAGUACGCAGUGUCGUGCCAAGUCGAUUGCAUCAGAAUGUUCACAUGCCCCCUGUCUUGCAGUUGUGAAUAAUCUCUGUAUUAUAUAGAAACAUGUUAUGAGUGCACUAAAAUCGCAUGUACUGGACUUUCCUUAUUCUUAAACAGCACCACAAAUCCCUCGACCCAUUUCUGAUCACAUGUCCGUUUUAUUUCAUUUACAGCAUUCACAGCUACACACACACACACACACCUACACACACACAGCUACACACACACAGCUACACACACACACAUACACAUACACAUACACACACAUACACACAUACACACACAUACACACACAUACACACACAUACACACACAUACACACACAUACACACACACACACAUACACACACACACACACACAUACACACACAUACACACACACACACAGCUACACACACACACACAGUUACUCACACAGCUACACACACACACAGUUACACACACACACACACACACACACAGCUACACACACACACACACACAGCUACACACACACAGUUACACACACACACACACACACACACACACACACAGAAUGAUGUCGAUGGUGUAAAAAGUUGAAAUGUCUGUUCUACAGGUUUGUAAGUUGACUUUUUUCCUCUGCAUUUAUUUUCCUUCGUAAGCUAAUCUUCUUGUUGAUGGUUAAUCAGCUCCACUGAAACUCUGUAUAUAGAAUGCUAACUGCUAACCGUGUCACAAUGCUAAUCCGGCGGAAACGGACAUUAAACUGACAAACAGCCUUGAAGAAGAA